CCAGCGUUCGAGUAAAAGUGCUAGUCAACGGUUACAUCAACCAAUCUUCACGCCAGAAUGGAGCAGAAGUUCAACGAAGCCGCGGAAAAGGUGAAAAGCUUCACCAAGCGACCAAGCGAUUCUGAAUUGCUGGAACUCUACGCACUGUUUAAGCAGGCAACUGUCGGUGAUAAUGAGACGGAGAAGCCGGGCAUGUUCGACCUGAAGGGAAAGGCCAAGUGGCAGGCGUGGACUGAUCGGAAGGGUGUCGCUAAAGACGCCGCCAUGGAAGCCUACAUCAAACUAGUUGAUGAAUUGUCGGCAAAGUGUGCAUAAGGACGUAAAUAGUAAAUAGUUAAAAACGACUAAAAUUGAAAGAAAACUUAACGGAAACAGGGAAUAGGGAUUUCGUUGGGACAGACUUACUUUUCAUUACUUUCUCGGAUAGGUGUAAAUCUUUUGCAUUGACAACAGGUUUUGUUUGUUCCAAUUUUCACAUUAGGGCAAUUCUGUAUUCUCAAUCAUAGAAUAUGGGAUUCGCUUGGGUAGUCAUUCUGUUACCAGAAGGGCAAUGUAUACAUUGAAAAUAGCUGUCGAAAGAUGAGUAAUUCUUGUCGAACGAGAAGAUUUAUCAAUGUGAUCAAAUCCAUGAUAAGAGUGCAAUAAGAGGUGGAAAAUGCGAACGAUGUAUUCAAGGUUUACACCUCAUGCCAACAACGGGAGAUAACAACCAAAAAUAGUGAUGUGGGGUUUGAAUAAGAUAUAGAAAUAUAACAAAGAAA